AUGGCUUGUUCGGGUUCUACCUUCAAAACUGCCUGUUGGACAUGUCGUGAGCGCAAGGUCAAGUGCGAAAAGGUCUUGCCCUGUGACAAUUGCGUGUCGGCUGGAGUCUCUUGUUCAUUUCCACCCCAAUUCCGUACUGUCCGUCGCCCAAAGACAAAGCAACAACCUCCCAUUCAAAGAGAGAGCGAUCUCCUUGAGAAGAUCCGUCACUUGGAAUCAUGCCUCAAAAAGCAAAGGCGGCAGCAGCAGCAGCAGCAGCAGCAUCCACAUUUCGAUUUGAACCUCAACAGCGCCAGCCCUUCGAUGAGCUUCACCAACGGCGAGCCUUUGGCCGAAAUGAGCGACGAAAUCAUGGGCUUUGCCACCACUGCCAAUACUGAUUGCAAUAGCGGGUCUGGGCGGAUGGCGCACAUGAAGCCUAAUCACAGUGGGCCUGAUGAUGCUGUAAAUGCUACGGCGAACGCGCGCUUCGGCACAUUCAUGCACAACACUAUCACGAGCGGCACAUCGCCAAGUGAGAGCAUUUCGACCUCCCAGCAGGAUAUCCAGGGACCGCAGUCUGUUAUGGAGGAAGAUGAUCACGAUGGACUAUUUUCAGUAGGCAAAUCUUAUGCCGAGUUCCCAUUCAAACCAGCGCAGUGCAAAGGCAAAGCGCCGCCACUGCUGCCCAUACAGCACCGGCGCAUCUGCUGGCGUAGAUAUGUCGCCAACGUGGAUCCGAUUGUCAAGAUAUUGCACAAGCCGACUGCAGAGACCCUUGUUACCACCGAGACACCGCAUUGUCUUGAUUUUAGUCAUGCUGUCGUGGCUCUCAUCCACGCGAUUUGUCUCAUCGCUGUCGUGUCAAUGUCCCAGGCAGAUGUGUUGGCGCAAUUAGAUAUGGAAAAGGAAGAGCUGUUGAAAGUCUGUGCAUCAUAUACAGAACAAGCACUCAUGGCAGCAGAUUUCUUGGCUGCCAAAGACCUGAGGACCCUUCAAGCACUUUUGCUGUUCCUUUACUAUUUAAAGCACAUGGAUGACACAAGAUUCGACUCAAUGUGUGCCGUGGCGAUAUCAUUGGCUAGGAAGCUAGGACUGAACCGCGAUGGAACGACCAUGGGUCUGUCUCGUCUCGAGCUAGAGUCCCGCCGGCGGCUAUGGUGGCAGUUGCUCAAUCUGGCUGAUCAGCCCGACGACAUUGGUAUGGAUCGUUUCGCCCCCAGCAUUGGAGCCGAUACCGCCCUUCCCUCCAACAUGAAUGACAACGAGCUCGAGUUUCAGUACGACGGAGACAAAGAGUGUUCCAGCAGAUUCACCGAAUUGAGCUUCUGCCUCAUUCAGUACGAAAUCACCAGGACGUUUGGCGAUAUCAAAUGCGCACACGCACAAAGUCCUGACCGGAAUGAGGCAGCCAUCAAUGAGGCAGAGAAACGACUGAAGCUAUCUCAGCAGAUGAUCAAGUCCCGGUACUUGUGCAAUGGAGUUGAUGAACAUCCACUGGGCCGCUUCGCCGCCGACGUGGCUUCCAUGGCUCUGGCCAAGCGGCGUCUGUUAGUGCAUAUGGGUCAAGGAAGUCCUCCACCGCCCAGGACAUACGAUCAGCUGUUCCUGCUCGCCGUUCGAGUCUUGGAGCUCUGGAGAGGCAUCCAGAAUAGCAAACAUCUACAACAGUGGCGCUGGCUCAGCUCCUCUUAUGCCCAGUGGUCCGUGGCCACGUUUGUAGUCAAGAGCCUGGCGAUUCGACCGCUUAGCUUCGAGACCAGACGGGCCUGGCAUGUGGUUGAUGGACUCCUUGACCAAUACCCAAUCAUGACGCGCAACUCUGCUAGAUUCUCUGCAUUGCAACACUUGCUGGUGGACGCGGAGAAGAGCAGGGAUGCAGCCAAUCUGUGGCAGCUUCGGCUGUCAUGGGGCGCAGACCAUGUGCUUGGCGAUCCAUUUGCCAGUAGUGGGUUGGAUGAUUUCACCACGGUUGGCCAAGUUUUCGAGAGGAUUACUGACUCUGAGCAGCCAGAAUCUAGUGAUCAAGUAAAUAUUUAA